AUGGAAGUUACUCAUGAUCUUUGUCAAGCUGUGCAACAGAAGCCUCAAGAUAUUAUAAUUGCCAUUCAUCUUGUCUCUUCAACAAAAAUAUUAAUUCAAAGAUUAAGAGAAGAUGGAUGGGAUCUUUUGUUUGAAAAAGUAAAGCCUUUUUGUCAUAAGCAUGGAAUAGAUGUUCUUGACAUGGGUGUUUCUUAUACUUUAGGUCAUGGUCGAUCUCACCUUCAAAAGGAUCCAAUUAUAAUGGAACAUCAUUUUCGUGUUGACAUAUUUUAUACAAUAAUUGAUUCUCAAUUACAAGAACUGAAUGAAAAAUUUAAAGAAGAUAUGGUAGAAUUACUUGUGCUAUGUUCAGCUUUGGAAUCUACAGAUGAUUACAAAUCAUUCAAUAUUUAUAAUAUAUGUAAGCUUGCAGAGAAAUUUUAUCCUGAAGACUUUUCAGAACAAGAGAAAUUGCAUUUAAGGCAUCAAUUAGAACAUUUUGAGCUCGAUAUUCGUUGGCAUUCAGCUUUGCAGAAUUUGUCUUCAAUUUUUGAAUUAUGCCAAGGAUUGAUGAAGACUGGAAAGUCAAACAUUUACCUUCUUGUUGAUAAAUUAGUUCUACUCGUGUUAACUGUUCCUAUUUCUACAGCUACUACUGAGCAUGCAUUUUCUGCUAUGAAAAUUAGUAAGUCACUUUAUAAGACACCUACUGCAUAUGAUAUCUUCUACAAGACUCAUAUUAAUAAAGAAGGAAAAUGUGUUGAUUCACGAGCACAUGCGGUUUAUGACAUCAUGCAGAAAAUGGUUGGAACUACUUCAGAGCUAUUAUCCAAUGGUUCAUAG